AUGUCGUUUGAGGAGACAGAGCUGAGGCUAGGGUUGCCUGGAAAGAAUGGGAGUUCGGAAGUGACAAGGAAGAGAGGGUUCCAUGAGGAGUCAGCUGCUGAAACAAUUAUUUCAUCUCACAAUACAAAUCACAAGCCUCCCCUACCCAAGGCACUAGUGGUAGGUUGGCCACCAAUAAGGUCGUACAGAAAAAACAGUCUGGCCCUCCGAAAGGGUAGCAACGAGGAAGAAAACGAGGAGGUGGUGCUAAUUAGUAGGAAUAAGAAUGGAAAUAUCGGAGCAGCUAGGUUGGUGAAGGUUAGCCUUGAUGGUGCACCUUAUCUUCGCAAAGUCGACUUGACCAUGUACAACAGCUACAAACAACUCUCCCAUGCCCUAGCCAAAUUCUUCGGUGCCUUCACCAUUGGUCACUGUGGAUCCCAAGCAGUUGGGAUGAAAGACUUCAUGAAUGAAAGCAAACUAAUAGAUCUUUUAAAUGAUUCGGACUACAUUCCAACCUACCAAGACAAGGACGGUGAUUGGAUGCUCGUCGGUGAUGUUCCAUGGCAGAUGUUUGUUGAAUCUUGCAAACGUUUACGUAUAAUGAAAGGAAAGGAAGCCAUUGACCUUAAGAAAUGCAAGAACUCCAAGAACUAACUUCACCUUUGAUAUGGGCAAGGCAUGCUAAUUGGUUGGUGUGAUUUGCAUAUAUAUAUAUAUAUAUAUAUCAAUCAUAAUGUAUAAUAUUAAUUAUGUAUCUUUGUGUAGUGUUUGUAUAUAUACAAUAUGGUCUACUUUUUAUUUAAGUGUUUAAAUUUGUAUGGUGAUUAAUAGAAUAUAAUCUUUGUUCCCGUCC